AUGUUGACCAAAAUACUGGCUGUGAUUCUUCUGUUAACCAUCACAAUGGUGAGUCCAUCAACCUCUUAUAGGCUUCAGAUUAAUGUUUUGAAUCAGUUGAGUAAAGGGCGCAAGAUCACGGUGCGAUGCGAGUCUAAAGAUGACGACUUGGGUUCUCGGCGCCUAGUCAACGGUGAUGUGUAUAGUUGGAGUUUUUCGCGCAACAUUUUCGGCACAACGCUUUUCUGGUGUGAUGUAGCUACUGCUCGUAGCAAGAAGCAUCUUUCUUUCAAUGCAUACGACGAAAGCCAGAGAAAGAAAGGGUUGCCCAAACUUCAUGAACUUACAUGGGAGAUCAAGGACGACGGGCUUUAUUUUGCCGGUUUUCCUAUGCCCAUUGCACCAUGGGUCUCAGAGUAA